UUAAUUUCCAGGCCCGCUCCUCAUCACGACGCGUGGCAGGGCUGUACCAAGCCCGAAGUGUGCGCUUCUUCGUUGCGGCUUAUGAAGAUGACCCACAUUCCUCUGCCGCCUGAGCAAUAAUGGAGGGUGGUGUCGACGGCGUGGUAGCGGUGGUCAGUUGGUUUUCCGAAGCGGGACUAGCGCUCGAUCUUCUCAAAAGCUCGCGACAAUGCCGAGCUCCGGAAAAGUUAACGGCACCGCGGCCGUGUCGCAACCCCUCAAACGCAAUAGCAUCACAAACCGUCUCCGAGCACAAUUUUAAACGUCGCCGCCUAUCUCCAGAGCCGUAUGCAAGCACCUACCAGGUAGCCCACUGUGGCGUGGACACCCGUUCCGCUGCUUGCGAGCACACAGAAUUCCCGCCACAGAGGCAAAAACCAUCAUCGGGGUACCAGUACAGGCCGCAAAAGGACCGAGACGUAGAUGCAUUCGUGACCUCACUCAGGAAGUACCCGAGCAUGACCGAGCAUUUGCCGUCCACUCAACUGCUGGAACAACUCCUCAAAACUACACUAAUUCACUCCCCAAAACAGUCCCAGACCGCAUUACCCUCAAAGAAGCGCCGUCACCAUUGGGACAAGCCGCGAAUCUUCACGUCACUCAAUCCCUAUGCCCAUAAACAGAAAGAAAGUUACAGAAGAUCACGAAAGAAGAAACACACCAGCACACAUGUUGAUUCAAAAGAACCUAAAUAUUCUCUGCAACGUGGACUUGUAAGUGUAACCGCCUUUGACUACUUGAAAAGCGGAGCCCAAUCGUCAGCAGAACACUUACCUAAAAGAAUCGAUGAUACAAUCAUCAAGAAUGUUUUUAGAGAGAAGAACUUGAACGUACGAAAACCCGUGACUACCUUUCCAGUUUGCCCUAAUCUUCAGACCAGAUUUGAAAUGCAUUUAAAGAAAUACCAUGCGACGACCUCUAAAACCCCUCACGUGGACUUGGAGAGCCUGCCGACGUGUAACAAGUGCUUGAAAACGCGGCCAUGCCCCUGCGAUGCUGCCAAACGCGCUCGUCGGAUUGUGGAUAAAGAUGUUCAAGAAAUACGACAAUUAGAAGACGCUAUAUUUUCCUGGCUCAAAGAUAUACCUGUCUUUCCAAAUGAAAACCCACAGGAUAAAUUGAUUAGAGAUGAUAUUGUCAAAAAAUUAGCAGAAACUCUAAGUAAAUUCAAUGAUGCGGACUUUACUAUUAAGGGAGAAGAAGAAAUUAGACGAGCAUUAGAUAAAAUGCCGAUGUGGUACCCGAGGGGAGAAGAAGAACGAGAGAAUUUUAAAAACGAUAUUAUUAACAACUUGUUGGAAAAAAUAAAAAGUGUUCAAGAAAUGAAAAUGUUUAAUCAAGCUACACGAGACUUUUUCGAUAACAUUAAGUUUGGAAAGGAAAUCGAUGCAGAACAAGCAUUAGAUGAUAUGAUUAAAGAAUUAAAUAAAAUAGCACUUAAUAGACCAGAAAGUAAUGACGUAUACAGAGAUCUUUUAAAAAUGAAGGCGUUUGAAGUACUGGAUAGACUUGAAAUUAGAAGUAAGGGAAAUAAAUACGAAUAUUUGAAUAAAUUCUCUAACGAGCUUGCAGAUCGCUUAUCAAAUGUAUCCAAAGAAGCGGAACAUAAAAGAAAUUUGGAUAAAGGUAUUAAAAAUAUACUAGAUGAUUCCAAUAUUCGUAUAAAAGAUAGAGUUAAUGUAGAGGAAAAGGUGCAAGCUGUUAUGGCUGAUCUUGCUGCGCAAAAAAUUGACAAACAUGAAGCUGACAGAUUGAUAAAAAGUGUACUGCACGGAAAAGUUCCAGAUAGCGAAAUUGAAAAUAUCGCUAAGAAGACACUUGCAUCGGCAGAAAUAAGUGAAGUAGAUCCAAAAAUCAUAGCUAAAGACAUAAACGACAUAAGGGACAUCCUUGACCGUUCCAAUGUUCAAAUAAAAGAUAGAGCGAACGUAGAGAAAGAUUUAAGUCAACUCGUGUCAGAUAUAGCCACAAAGGGCAUAGAAGAAAAUAAAGCAAAAAGUUUAAUACAAUCUAUACUCAAAGGAAAAGUUCCAGAAGAUAAACUCAAAGAGAUUACUGAACAGGUACUUUCGUCAGCCACAAGACUCCACGAAACGUACAGUCCUUUAUCAGAAGAAACCCUUAAAGCAGACUGCAUGAGGAACAGAGACAAAGUUGAGGAACAUAUACGUGAUAUUGUAAGCGUUCUAGUUACGCGCGGUUUGGAUAAAUCUAAGGCUCAAGAUUACAUCAAUAGCACGCUCAAAGGAAAAGUACCGGACUGUCAGCUUGAACAUAUCUCUAAGAAAGUAUUUGCAAUGGCUGAGAAUGCAUCGCGGAGCUAUAGUGAACACAGCGGCUACCCAGUUGCUUCUUCAACUCAAAAUGAAGAGAAAAUAUUAUUUGAUCAGGUCUUUGAAGUUAUAAGAGAUUGGUUAAAAAAUCUAAACAUCCGUUUAAGUAAUAAGAAAUUGAAUGAAGUAGCGGAAGCUAUAGCAAAUGAAACUUUAGAUAGGCGGAAGUAUUUGCAGCUAAAUCCAGGAGUAAAAAUCUCAGAAGCUAAGGAAUCUGAAAUAUUAAAAGAACAAAUUUAUAAGGUUCUGAACAAUGAAGUAGAUAAAAAAUUGGUGCAGUCCAUUAUGACACAAACUGAUGAUUUAAUGAAUUCUCUAAAACAAAUUCUAGGAAAAGAGUAUAGUCAGGAUUCACACAUAACAAAGACUUCUUUCAUGUCUUCAACAAAUGAUUUAAAUGACAUUGUCAAAGAUUGGUGUGAUGCAUUGCCGCUUUCAGAUACAUGCGGGGCUUUUCGAAUAAAACAAGAUCUUGCUAAUAGAAUAAUAUUAAAAGUGUCAGAAAUGAAUAUGAACCAAGAUAUAUUCAAUGACGAUUUGUUAUAUGAUGAAAUAUUGCAAGAUUUUAUUGAUCAGCAGGUAAAUGAAUUGCUAAUGGAAACACAUAUUACUGACGUCAGUAUAAAACAACUAACUAAUCAAAUUAAACAAAUUAAACAAAAAGUACACGAAGAUUUUAUUGGAAGAAAAUACAAGCAACAACUUCGCGACACUAUAUCAAAUGUCUUGCCUUCAAUAGCUUGCCCAACGGCAGAGGACCUGGCAUCGUUCGAGUUGAUGAAAGAGAAUCUCGCGGAUGCUUUUAUCAACCUAAAUUAUUCAGUAGAAUGUGACACAGCUAGGGCUAAAUUUAAACGUAGAAUAAUGGAUGAAAUCAACAAAUACAGUAAUGACUAUUUGAAACGGUGUCCAGCAACUCCUGUUAAUACAAGAAAGCUUAACGAGGACUUGUAUAAUGCUUUAAAGAAUGUGCCAGUACCCGGCGAUGAAUCAAUGCGAACUGAAGUAGAGUCUGUACGAAUGAAAGACGUUAUCAAUGAUUGGCUUAAAACAUUGCCUAUGAGUAGACAAUCUAUGUCGGAACAAUUACAUACGAAUAAAGUAGUAACACUAAUGGCGCAAAAACUGCAAGAAUUAGAGAACGAGUUUCAUCCCAAUUUUGAAGAUAUCGCAGUAGCAACCAUUGCCACAUACCUAAAGAAGCUUCCUUUACAUAAAAAAAACCUACGAGAGAUGGCUAAGAAAUUGGUCGACAAGAUAAAAAAUUCUGCUGAAUCAAGAGCAUUUGUUGAAGGAAUGAGAUCUAAACUCACUGAUGACUGUUUAUGUGAAGCAUCUGCAUCUUUUAUCCCUCCUAGUGGAUUGAGCAAAGAAGACCAGGAAAAAAUGCAACGAAUAAGAGAGCGGGCUGUGCUUUGUGAAGCUUGUACACAAUCACGACGAUGUAGAGAUGCCGCUGUGAAUCCACCGCCCUUGAAUCACGAGAGUCAAACAGACAUGCCUUGUAACAACAAUAAAUCUUGUCAACAUGCAGAGAAGCCUAAACAAGUGUGCUCUAAAUCUGCCAUACAAACCAAACGAAUGCCAAUCACCACUCGUCCUUGCCCAUCGACUGAAGGCCAGGCUGACUGCUCCCCAUGCGUCAUAGUGAAAGAAUAUUAUUUGGAUUUGAACUCAGGUAACAAGGUAGAAACCGCAUCUCAAACUCCCGUUGAAGAAUCUGGCAGAAUAUGUAUACCUUCGUCACUCUUAAACACUGGACGCUUAUGUCGCCACCAGUCCUCACUAUCAUCACGAAGAGUUCCUGUUAAACCGCGCACACGCCCAGAAGCUUCUUAUCAAGCGCCAAGAAGACAAUGCACUAGCGCAUGCCCAAACGAAUACUUAAACCAUCCGAAACACUGUCCGAGAUCUUCUCCCGUACCAGAUUAUUUAAGAAGUAGUUGCAGACGUUUUGGACCAAGUUGUGGUCGAAUGAAGUCACCUUGCUUGUCUUGUAAGAGAAAUCCUACGACAAUCUGUGAUAAAUGCUUCCCGAUGCAUAUGUGUCCACAUCCUACGUGUCUUUAUUUUAAAUGACCGGUAUUUUUGUCUUGUUUUGUUUGUGUUACGCGAGU